UUCACGAAUGAACAUCAAAGUGGCGUGCUCUGUAAUUUCCAGCUGCCAUUUUCACAUCUCUUCUUUGCACUUGCAGAGACCAAAUUCACCCACCCAAUUCUCUCCAAUUCGAAGUCUUGCCACCCUAGUUCGUUGAAUGCUGUUGUGCGUACAGAAUACAACAGAGCCUAGAGAGCGACAGCGGAUCAUCAGAUUCCAAUGUCGGGUCCCUCGAUCAUGGACUCUCUGUUCCAAACCACCCUCGACGACCUCAUCAAGGGCCUCCGCUUCCACCUCCUCGACUCCUCUCCCUUCCUCUCCAAAUCCCUCGACGACAUCCGCCGCGAGCUCACCUCCACCGACCUCCCCACCAAAUCCACCGCCCUCCAGAAGCUCACCUACCUCCGCUCCCUCCACUCCGUCGACGACUCCUUCGCCGCCUUCCACGCCGUCGAGCUCUCCUCGUCCCCUCGCUUCCUCCACAAGAAGAUCGCCUACCUCUCCGCCUCCCUCUCCUUCCACUCCUCCACCCCCGUCGCCCUCCUCCUCACCCACCAGCUCCGAAAAGACCUCUCCUCCCCCAACCCCCACGAGGUAACCCUAGCCCUCCACUGCCUCUCCUCCAUCUGCAACCCCGACCUAGCCCGCGACCUAACCCCCGAAAUCUUCACAUUACUUUCCAGCUCCAAACUCUAUCUCCGCAAGGCGGCUAUAGCUACUGUUUUAAUUGUCUUCCGCGAGUGCCCCGAUUCCGUUAGGGUUUGUUUCAAGAGAUUGGUUGAGAACCUAGAGAGCUCCGAUUCGCAGACGGUGUCAGCCGUGAUCAGUGUCUUCUGCGAGCUCGCGUCGCGAGAGCCCAGAUCGUACCUCCCGUUGGCGCCCGAGUUUUAUAGGGUUUUAGUCGAUUCGCGUAACAACUGGGUGUUGAUUAAGGUUUUGAAGAUAUUUGCGAAGUUGGCACCUUUGGAACCUAGGUUGGCGAAUAGGAUUGUCGAGCCGAUUUGCGAUCAUGUGAGAAGGAGCGGAGCGAAGUCGUUGGUGUUUGAGUGUAUUCGGACUAUAGUGACUAGUUUGAAUGAAUAUGAAUCCGCUGUGAGACUUGCGGUUGCGAAGGUUAAGGAGUUUUUGGUCGACGAUGAUCCGAAUCUCAAGUAUCUCGGAUUGCAAGCUCUUUCAAUCGUUGCGUAUAGGCAUUUGUGGGCUGUGGUGGAGAACAAGGAGUUCGUGAUUAAAUCCCUGAGUGAUACUGAUCCUAACAUUAAGCUGGAAGCUUUGCGUCUUGUGAUGGUAAUGGUGUGCGAGGAUAAUGUGGCUGAAAUUUGCAGGGUUCUGCUUAAUUAUGCGCUGAAAUCUGAUCCCGAGUUUUGCAAUGAGAUUCUUGGAUCAGUGCUGUCCACUUGUUGUGCCAACUUUUACGAGAAAAUUGUUGAUUUCGAUUGGUAUGUAUCGGUUCUCGGGGAGAUGUCGAGGAUCCCCCAUUGCCAAAAGGGGGAAGAAAUUGAGAGCCAGCUUAUUGAUAUUGGUAUGAGAGUGAAGGAUGUAAGACCAGAGCUCGUUCGUGUAGGGCGCGAUUUACUUAUUGAUCCUGCAUUACUUGGCAAUCCUUUCUUACACAGGAUAUUAUCUGCUGCUGCAUGGGUGUCGGGGGAAUAUGUUGAAUUCUCCAAUAAUCCGAUUGAACUCAUGGAAGCACUGUUACAGCCUCGUACUAGUCUCUUGCCACCAUCAAUACGAGCCAUAUAUAUUCUUUCUGUAUUCAAGGUAUUGAUCUUUUGUCUACAUUCUCAUCUCUUUUCAACAGAAAUUGUUGCUUCUUCCUCUUUAUGUGCCAAUGAUUGGGAACCCAGAGUGGUGGAAUCAGCCACUGGAUUACCAGAGAGUUCCCAUUUACCUUCAUCUGAAACUCUUGCCGGUUACGAACAAAAUGAAGAUUUCAACCCUAGGUUUUCAUGUCAAUCGCCUGAAGAUGAUUCGGCAGAAAAUGAUGGGAAUACUGCAGUUGUUCCUGGCCCAAGCUCUACAUCAGCUUCUUUAAAGAAUGAGCAUUUUACUCGUGGGUCUAUUGUAGAUCUGUUAGAUAUUGUUAAAACUGCUUUUGGUCCGUUAGCAGGAAGCCAUGAGGUGGAGGUACAAGAGAGGGUGCGGAAUGUACUCGGUUUAAUUGAGUUGGUAGAGCAAGAAAUUCGUGAUAUUCCAAUGCAAAAGGAAGGGAAAUUUUCGGUGGAACAAUUAGAAGCUUCUGAAGUCACCAAACUGCUGCAUGGCGCCUUCGCUGAGGAGAUUGCUCCCGUUUCAUUGAGUGCUCAAGAAAGAGUACCUAUACCAGAUGGACUGAUGCUUAAUGAGAAUCUCAAUGACUUGGAAACAAUUUGUGCAGAUAUACGGUUACCAACAUCAAGUUCUUUUUCCCUGGGAAAAUCUCAUUUUGAGGAGAGGGGUGGUGCUUGCCUCUUAAACUUGGAAAAUAAAGAAGAAUCAGAACCAUCAUCUGAGUCAACAUCUCUGCUUGCCGAGCACCGCAAGCGGCAUGGCUUAUAUUACCUUCAUUCAGAGACAAAAGAAACUACGUCCCAUGACUACCCACCUGCUAAUGAACCUAAAUUGAGAAUUGAUGUCAGUGAUGAUGUGGAAGAUCUUGUUAAGCUUACAGAGCUGUCUCUUGUUCCAAAGAAAAAGCCAAACCAAAUAAAGCCUAGGCCUGUUGUCGUAAGAUUGGAUGGAGAUGAUGUAGGUGCUGCAGUAAAAAAGCCUGAGUCAAAAGAUGAUUUGAUCUCUGGUGCUGUUCGAGAUGUUCUUUUCAGUAAUGAAGAUAUUCCAACUUCAUCAAGAGGCAAGCACUUCGAGGAUUCAUCAAGCAAGAAAAGAGGGAAGGAGAAGGUAACAAUCGUUCAGCCUUUGGAAUCAACACAAAAUUUGGCCACUACGGGCAUUUCUGAGGUUGGAAAUUCUAGUUCGAGAAGAAGCAGACAUGUUUCUCACGGUAAAGAGAGGAAACACAGAAGUCCAAGGAAGAAUUUUGGGGAAAGUGAAGAAAAACAUCAGAGUGAGAAGAAAAAAAGUGGUCACCGCCAUGGUAAGAGCAAAGCUCGACAUCGAGCUGAUGGGGUUGUGGAUGUCGUUGAACAGACACCAGUUAUCCCAGAUUUUCUACUAUAGCAUUAAGAGUGGGAAUCAACCACCUUAACCGCCGGGAGUCCUUAAAUGACACUGCCCAACCAUUUUUACUUUGCACAUGGAGUACCAGUGAACUGGGACAAACGAAGUAGUAGCAUUUCUUGAUCCGGGAACAUCUCAUUUCUUGCACUAGUAAGAUGAAAAUAUGUCAUUUCUUUUUCUUCUUCUUCUUUUUUGGUCUAAAACUAUUUAGUUAGGUUGCGAGGUAUGUGCUAUAUCAUUGUGAUGAAGUGUAAAAAAUCCAGGUCUGUGCUGCCUUGUAUGCUUAAUAGCUGUGGACGGUGAAAUUUAUGCCACUAAUGUGACUAAAAGGGUUACAUUCAUUGGAAUGUUUAGACUUUAGAUCCGACCGUGUCCUGUGUUGUUACAAGUGGCAUCAUUUUUCUUCUUCCCAACGAAGGAAUAACUACUUUGGUGUUUUGUUUAUAGCUACUACUAUCAUUGUUACUGCUUUUUAAUCAAAAUGACAAUCCAGCAUCAUGGAUAUGGGUCACAUAGUUGACGGCUACUGGACAUGCCAACUUGGUUGUAAUAAGACAAUUGGAGAUGGAGUGGUAUGGUAUGGUGUGCUAGGCUAUGGACACGGUUAAAAGUGUGGAAUCCUGAGCUUUUCAUGCUUGUUUGGACCAUGCCUUACUUGUAUCCAAAGGCUCCAAAUAAAUUCGAAGUUACGAAAGGUUCCUCCCUAAAGUGGGGCCAGGUGUGAGAUGUUUUGAAUAAUAUCUAGGUGUAGUAGUCAGUCUUAUUUCAUACCUUUCUAGGUGAAUUUUAGCCAUUUUACGUGUUCAAUACCUAGUGUCCUGGAAAUCUUUUGCAGAGGAUUCAUGCUCCUUAGUUAGCGGACAAUCCCGUAUCAUGAUGACCUGGGGUAGCAAACAUGUAGGUGCUAGUUGUUACAUGGGCUCGGCAUAGGUAUGCUUCAAGCGUGAAAAGACACCAAGACAUGCGCCAUUAUCAUAUUCUACUUUUAGUGAAAAUAGUUUUUACAAGGUAAUGCAGAAUUUUUUUACCCUUCGACAUUGGAGUGGUAUGCAAAGUUAUAUAGGAAACUUGAAUAUUGAACUUGUGCGGUGGAUGCCUAGCUAGACAUAUUGCACAUCGUGUACUCUUACACAACAGAGUACACAACUGUUACAUGGAUAUUCUACACAUUCAUAUUUUUGGUCUCAUAUUGAGGAUUGAGACUCCUUCUGCUGUAUAAUCUCUAUUAGAAUUGGCAAAUUUGGGCAGGCUGAUGCGGUUCACGGGUUAGAUGCGGGCGGGCUAGAUCUGGCGUGGGUUAUAUAUGGCGGGUUGGAUACAAGUCCCAUCCAACCCAUGAACCCGCUUUGGACCCGAUCAUAAAACACAUGCCUCCAUGGAACUGUAAACGCAUGACUCCGCAACCUUUUGCUUUUACGGCCCCAUAAAAAGUAGAGAUUUCAAAAGGACUCAGAGAUGCGGGUCAAAAAAAAAAAAGGACUCAGUGAGAGAAAGCUUAGGAAAUUGUGUGGUUACAAACUUCUCUCUCUCUAACUUGCUCUCUGUAACUCUGUUGUGUCGUGUGUCUAUAUUUAGCUGGGGGAUGGAGGUGCAACUCCAACCCCACAUCUCUCUCUCUCUCUCUGAAAGGAGGUGGGGGAACACAUUACGCAUAUACACCCCACAAAAAAUUUCUCUAGGCGACUUGCAUUCUUUAUAAAUGUAUGUAUACUCGUGGUUCGCUUCAAUAGGCCAAGUGCAACAACGGUAAAGACUCCAAUUGCAAGUACAGCUGGAAAAACAAAAUUUCUUUUUUUAUUAUUUUUAUUGAAACAGAAUAGGCCUAAUUUGUGAGAACUUCUCUCUGUUCUCAAAGUGCAUGAACCUGUGCUCCAAAUCAUGCAACCCAUUGAAAACCAUAUAAGACCUGUGUAAACCCAUUUAUUAAUGGGUUGGUGUGCUAUAACCCAAUUAGAACUGUUAUAGUAUGUGCCUAUGUGGGCAGAUUUAGGCGGUUUGUAAGUGGGCGGACAUGGGCAGAUAAAUGGGUGUGGGUUAAGAUUGCCAUGUCUAAUCUCUAUAAUUGCCUUACUCUUGGCUUCCUUGUUCACAAACAAAGUGGCCAUGGAUCUUCGUCUUUGUACUCACCAAAGCAGUCCUCCAUCAAGCUUUCAUUCUGCGUCAUUCCAUGUGAAAUUUACUUUAAAAUUGGUACAUCCUUGGCGUCUCGUUUUCCCUGUUCAGCUAAGGGAUAUAUACAUUAACCGGCAUGGUUAAACGAAUCGUACAUGUCUUCCUUAUCCUUUAAACUUUUUGCUUCUUUUUUUUUUUUUGCCUUUUGUUUUCCCAAUUUUUGUAAUGCUUAUGGUUUAAUGCAUAAUAGUGUAGAUUUACAAGUUCUGUUCUUUGUUUUGAUUUGCUGGAUUGGCUUUGCAUCUGAUGUCAGACAUAUAGGCAGGAUCGGACUGUGGCAUCUUGCAGUUUGACUUUCUUUCAUGUUGUUGGGGACUUUUUUUUCUACUUGUAUUGAUAUCUCUUACAUGUAGUUGGGGCUAAAUUAAUUAUUGUUCGGUGAACUUUUUGUUUUCAACUUCUUGUCAAAAUUGUUGGGAACCUUGGGGUUAAUCAUUUUUCUCAAUGAGAUGAAUCAGAAAUUAAAAAAAAAAACAGAUAUGAUGAACAAAAGGAUAAUGAAACUUUUUGGUCAUAAUUUUUUCUUUUUGGAUUCCGUUUGUCAAGACGAAUGAUUAAUCUCCCAAUGUUUGAUGUGAAUCUAAUAAAUGUUCAGAAAAGGCAAACAGAAAUGCACUUGUUAAAUAUUUAGGCCAAACUCUUUUUGUUCGUAUUAUGGUAACUUUACUCUACUUUAAUAUUGUUCUGCUUUUUAAAUUUUUCUUGUUGAGACGAGUGGUUAAUCUCAAAAAUUUUGACGAAAAGCUAAGAAAAGUUGAUCAAACACCAAGAAUACCCACUGUCUAUAGGAAUAAUUAAUUUAGUCCAAGCUCACCCAUUUACUCUACUUUCGUGGACUGCUACUACUGUCAAGGCUGUUCCAAAUGGUUUUGAGAUUGGAUUUUUAUAUUUAGCUUUUGUUUUUCUGCUCUAUCUUGGAGGGUGGUUUAGCUAGUGCAUCCCAAGAUGGACCAGAAAGGGGGAUCCCUCCUUGUUUAGAUGAAAUGGACGGUAGAUAUUUGUAGUAUUUGGCACUGUUGUUCCUGUUAUUGUUUACUUUCAUCUCCCUUGAAUACUGCACACCCUUACAUAAUAGAUUAGGGCAGCAGCAUGGGGACAGCACAGUAUAGAAAACAUUGCUUUUGAUCUUUUUGCAAUGAUGGCAUUGGUUAGAAUACUUUGAUGAAGUUUGUAUGCAAUUGUGUCUCUUCAAAAUGCUCAACAUGGCGUUGAAUUGGAAGUUUGUGGACGUUUGGCAUGACUACAAGAUGCAAUUGUGUCGUGCAAUUUUUUAGAGAGGUCAUGCCCCCUGGAGUGAUGAUAAGCUAUUCGCCCCAGCACUUUGGGACAGAUUAGAGUGACAACAUUCAACCUUUCCAUAGAAAGUGAGGUAAGACUCCCUCCCUGACUUUUCCAAAAAGGUUAAUAUAAGCUGGAGCCCUGUGCAUUGUUAUGGUCUUUUUUUGUUUUGGCAUUGCAUGUCUCACUGAUACAGACAUUGUAUUUAGUGUGGUAAAAUGUCGGUGAUUCUUCUUCCUGAUAUUUUUGUUUGUUUUGUUCACAAUAUACUUCCAGCUUCGAAGUAUAUAUUUUGUUUAAGAACGUUUAGACGUUCUCGAGUCAGAUUUUUCUACAUUGUGUAGCCAUCAUAUUGGAACUACUGGCCUUGCAUCUGAAUGAAGUGUAACAGAAUGUGUUUUCUUAGCUUGAAGGGCUUGGAUUCUCUUCCUUGUGACUAGUGACCACUAAAUAUAAGUGAAUUAUCUCUA